UAGCGUUGUUUUUGAUGGCCGUGCACCCUCCCCUAUUGUCCUUUACCACACGCUCAGCGUUUGUAUUGUGUGUCUCUCUGUCACCCCCAAUUGCUGAUUGUACUUAAUGGGAUUUAUUUUGUCUCCUGCACAGGUGUCUCUUACCUCCAUGACUUGCUCUGGCUUCCCGAGGUCUGAAUGUUCACGUUGGACGAUAGUUAACAUUAACCCUAAAGAACCCAGAAGCUUCUCUCUGCUUGGACCAUACUGAAGAUCAAGGGGAAUAAAAAUCCCUCGUCAGCUCCAUCUACACGUCUUCGCGCUGCGCUUAUCUGACACCCCAAAGGGCAGUUUAGAAUAAUUGAUAAUAAAAAAAAGAAAACACUAGAAAUAAUAUUAGUGAGAGUUUAGACUCUUAUACUAAAUUUCAGCCAUUUUUUUAUUUUUGUGUGGCUAAGUUCCCUUUCAGUAUGGAUUCCCUGGACAGUUUCCAGCCCUGAGCUGUACUACGCCCUUUAUAAAGAUGGUGGCUGCAGUCUUUGUCAUGCUGCUAUAACCUAUAGAGGCACAUUGGCCCGUCUGAGAGGAAUUAGAAAGCCCCACUUUGUUGCCCUUUUUCGUCACAUUUUUUUUAACCCAAAAAACGACGUUUUUUUCGAAGCACAGGAGGAGAAUUUUGGAUAUUUGUUAAAAUGGAGCCAGGACCCAUAGAUCCCAGUGAGCUGCUCAAGGGUCUCGACUGUCUGCUGGGACAAGAGGGAGAAGUAAAAGAAGUGGCUGGAAUGCCAAAAAUAUACAACUUGAUGAAGGAAUCUCAAAAGAUGGUCAGUCGGUGUAUCUACCUAAACAUCCUAUGCCAGACAAAUUCCCAGGAUCUCCUUUCUAAGUUUAUCCGGGUUGGUGGAUACAAGCUCUUAAAUGUUUGGCUGACAUAUGCCCGUAACAACAACAAUAGCCCUCUGCUGCAUCAAAUUCUGCUGACACUUCAGCAUUUACCGCUGAAAGUUGACCACCUAAAGCAGAAUAACACAGCAAAGCUGGUGAAGCAGCUCAGCAAGUCCAGUGACAAUGAAGAACUUCGAAAGUUGGCAAGUAUUCUGGUGAAUGACUGGAUGACAGUAAUAAGGACCCAAAGUAAUCUUCUGCCUCCUGAAAAGGAUAAAAAGAAGAAGAAAGAAGAUACUAAAGGAAGAUCUCCUAUGGCUGAUAAGACCUCUGAGGCCAAAACUGAAUCUCGGGCAGAAGAUCAAGGAGAUAAGAGAGAGAAGCCCAAAACGCAGCGCACUGCUGCACCUAGUCAUGCAAAAUUUAGAUCUACAGGUCUGGAGGUGGAAAUAUCUUCACAUGCUCCCAUCAAGAAGCCAGCUCCUGUUCCAGUUAUUUCAGAAAAAUACUUGAAACCCAUUCCUGUAAAAAGGCAAAGCUCGGUUCCCACACCCAGUGAUGCAGCACCUGCAGAAAAGAAAUACAAGCCACUGAAUAUUACACCAAAUGCUGCCAAGGAGAUCAAAGUGAAGAUUAUUCCUCCACAACCUAUGGAGAGUUUGGAAUUCUUGGAUGCAUUGAAUUCUGCCCCAGUUUCUGGACUAAAAAUUAAAAAGAAGAAGAAAGCAGUUUCUCCAACCAAUAAUAAGCCCAGUCCAUUUGACAGCAAGCCCCAAGGUGAUGUACCAGCAGUCACCAAGCCCUCUUCUCCGGAACCAGAGCCCCCAGCUGAGGCAAUGGAAGUGGAACGACCUGGAACUCCAGUUCCUGUUGAGCUCCCUGAGCCUAUGGACACAUCUGUGUCUGUGUCUGUAUCUGCCCCUGCCCCUCCUCCGGCCCCUGCUGAAGUCAAACCACCUGAGAAAGAGGUUCCCCAACUAACAAAAAAAGGAAAGAAGAGGAAAACGGUUAGCUGGCCAGAUGAGAGCCAUCUUCGGGAGUAUUUCUAUUUUGAAUUGGAUGAAACGGAGAGAGUUAAUGUAAACAAGGUUAAGGAUUUUGGUGAAGCAGCCAAGCGAGAGAUGCAGAAAGAAUGUCAAGCGUUCCAAAAUGCCCGCCGGGUUAGUCAUGACACCAUGGAGGAAGUCACUCCUUGGGUCCUUCCACGUCCACUGUUGCUCAUAGGAGCACUUAUAAAGAUUGGGAGCAACAGCACAGAAAAGCGCACCCAAGCUGAACGGGAGAUGGGCAUUCUGCAAGAACUUUUUCUCUCCAAAGAGAGUGUUCCUGACACCCCACAUGAACCGGACCCUGAGCCUUAUGAGCCGGCACCACCAAAGCUCAUACCACUGGAUGAGGAGUGUUCCAUGGAUGAUAAUUCGUACAUUGUGUCAAUGGACCAGAGUACCGGUUCUCAAUCUCCGGACUUGUCAUCUGGUGCUAAGCUGCCUCCUGUACUUGCCAACCUAAUGGGCAGCAUGGGAAAUUUAAAGUCGCAAACAAACCCACUGCCGGGCACUGUGCAAGAGAUUCUGACAUCCAUUAUGGGAGCCCAGGGUAAUGCCGAACCAGAAGAUCUGAUGAAGCAGCCAGAUUUCUCCGAUAAGAUCAAGCAGCUUCUUGGGUCACUGCAGAAUCAGAGUCAGGCCACACCAGCCCCAGGACCAGGGAUGCUAGGACCCAUGUCUACCACCAGUGGCUUUCCACCACCCACUCCUAAAAACCCACCACAGCUUCCCCCACAUCAUUUUCCACCACCGGGGCCAUUCCCAGGUCCACGAAUGAUGGGUCCACCUCCUCCACAACGCGAAGGUUAUUGGGAACCACCACCGACUGAAAUUAGAGGUGAACACCACGAGCCCUUGAUGGGCAGAGGAGGUGGAAUGAGAGGGGAUAGAGGACAUCCUCCCCCAUAUCAAAGGAACAGAGGCGGUGACCCAGGAUUUAGAGGGCGAGGUGGAAGGGGAGGAGAAAGAGGACCUCCUGGACAUGGUCGAGAUGGACCACACGGUAUGGGACAUGGCGGAGAACAUAGAGGAGAUCAUAAUAGAGGUUACCUUGGAGAACCCAGAGGCCAUGGAGGAGAACAUAGAGGACCUGCUCAAGGGGGAGAUAUGUCCUAUAGACCGGUGUGCCGACAUUUCAGGUACAAGGGUAACUGUCGAUAUGAAAACGAUUGUGCCUUCUACCACCCAGGCAUUAAUGGACCGCCUCUUCCAUAAAAACGGACCAAGUAAAUCAGCGUUUUCCUGAGGCACAAAUCUUUCCCUCAUAUUUUUGUUACUUGAAAAAAAAACUCCUUGCUGGGUGACCUUGAAAUGCCACUGAUGAAGAUGAGACCUCUUGUCUUCUUCCAGUGUCUUUUUGUUUUUGUUGCACCUUUUUCAGUGUUUGUCAUCCCACAGUGUUUAGUAUCUUCUGACAUCCCGAUAACACUAAAUCAAUGAGAUUUGGAUCAGAGGUGACCUAUCCCGCUCAGUCCCUCUCUUCACUGCAACUCGAUAGAAAAACCUGCCAUGACUUCCAAGUAUUAACACUGACUGAUGACUUUACACUAAAGUGGGAACAUUUCCCCAAAUAUGCACUGUGGUGAACUAGACCAGCUAUGGAAACCACUGAACUGAUCUAUGUUUACAAUUUUUUUUUCUUUAUUUGUAUGUUUAACGUUGCACAGUUAUGAUGCUGAGCUUCUGUACAAAUGUAUACCAUGAACAAGCUGCUUUUAUCCAUCCAGGGUACAGAGAUAUUAGGCAUACUGAGUAUUUAGUAUUGCAGCUGUGUUUAUCAGUUUUUGUACAUUUUCUGUUUAUAAGCUUUCUGGUUCAAUACCACUUUAUUGCAAUUUUUUGUUAUAGCACCCAAAGUGUAUUUGAAUACAGUAUUAACAGGGGGAAUCGCUGGCCUUCGCACUCAUUGAUACUACAAAGUGAGAAGAAGGCUUUGGGUUCUAUCCUGAAAACUUGUUUUCUGUGAAAACUGAGAAUAUAUUCUCACUUUUAAUUGCUUUAUAUGCUUUUUAUAGUCCCAUAAAAUGUUUUUUUUUUGUUUGUUUUGUUUUAUUUAUAAAUUUUGUAUAUGAUAAAUAAACCCGAUGAGAAGGCAAUAUAUUUUGGUUUAAAGUCCUAGGCUCCGAGUACUCUAGCAGCUCCUAUACUUGGGUUUAGGAGCUUUUUGGCUUUUUUUUAUUUUACCAAAGCUCCUUCACUCAACUCUAUAAAAACCUAUGUGUACACAUAGGCUUUUAUGAGCAUUUAGGAGCUGCUGUGGUUAGGGGAGGUCUAACCUCCCUUUCCUAAACGUAGAAGAAUCUUGUUCAGGAUAGGAACAUUUUAAUUGUCGGACGCAAAAUCGUGGCAUGAUUUGGUCACGUUUUGUUUUUUUCCCCGCAGCCGGCAGUUAAAGUAGAUCAAGUGUACAUGAAGCCUUAUGCUACAGUUUUACCAAAAUAAACCUUAGCGCUGAACUUCAGGCAAAUUCAGAGAUAAGAUGCAUAUAUGAAAGCGGUUUUAUCUGCCCAAAGCAAUUUAUAGUUCUAUCUAUUCCGUUCUAGGAUUAAUAAAGCUCUGGU